UGUACAUCUUUGAUUUUACAGGCGUCUCUCACCAUGAUGACUUGAUUUACUUGUUAUUCAACUCGGGAAGAUUUCCGCUCUUUAACCAGACGGAUCCGGAAGCAGACACUGUUCGCAGAAUGACUUCCUUAUAUGCGCGUUUUGCUACCACUGGUCGUCCUUUUCCGCAAGAAAGCAGCAUAAAAUGGACUCCAAUAGAGAAAGACUGCCUCCAGUUUUUGAAUAUUUCCAACAUCUUCUUGAUGCAAAAGGGACUGCCCUACCCACGCCGUAUGCAUGUUUGGGAGACCCAGUUGCCCUUGGACCAACCCUACAGGCAACUCAACUACUAGAGCAAGGAUCACGUUGUUAAAUGAUUUCCAAUGAAAAACACAAUUUCAGAAGAAUCAAAAUGAGACAAACAUUUUAUUUGUGCCCCACUCUAGUUCCCCACUUCUUAUCCCCCGUCGUUAUCAAGAUAACUUUUACUUCAAAUCCUUUGGAGUGGCCUUUGAAAUGUGAAUGUCGUUGAGACUUUUGAUAUGGUGAAUUCUACACAAUGAAUCGGUUGCAUUGUAACAGCUACAAAAUUAUUGACAAAAGCCGGCUGUUACAUAAGGUGCCAUCAAGUGGUAGAAAAUCAUGGCCCAGGAACAAAUUAUAAAAAUUGAGAACGCGCUAACAAAAUCACUCAAUGAAAUAGACAAGUUGUACACCCGGAAAAUCCAAGGGGAUAUGCACCGCUGCGCAGCACAGUGCUGUGACAGGACCAGCGACUCUAUAGAGAACGUCUACAACUGCAUCAAGGUGUGCUCCUCGGACUUUGACAAGGUUCAGAGGUACCUGCAGGCCGAGUACAACCAGUUCCAGAGCCGCCUGCAGCGUUGCGUCCUUCAGUGUAGUGACGAGAUCGUGGACAAGAUGGGUCUCAGUCCUUCCACCUCGGACAUGGCCAGGUACAACAGACAAUACGAGACCUGUGUCAUCGCGUGUGCAAACAAACAUAUCGAUCUCAUCCCAGGCUUCAUGAAGCGGAUGGAGGAAGUGCUCAAGAAGAAGUCUUAUCUCACUUUCAAUGUGGAUGACGAUGAUCCGAAAUCAUUCAAAGAACCCACCCUUCUCUAAUCGAUUGAUACAAAUCGAUAAUUUAAUAGACUGAUUUAAAAUAUGUGUAUAUGUAACUGAUAUUUGUAUUUAAAUACACUGUUUUGGGGAAGA